UAAAAGUCUGGCAACUUAUAGAUGAAGAAGCCUCAAUAACGCGGAAAUUUGAAUUGGCGAUUUUAUUCAUAAAUUGAGAAAUGGAAGAUUUUGAAAAAAUUGAAAAGAUUGGUGAAGGCACUUACGGUGUGGUUUAUAAAGGACGCAAUCGACUCACAGGUCAAAUCGUAGCAAUGAAAAAAAUUCGCUUGGAGUCUGACGACGAAGGCGUACCGUCAACUGCUAUCAGAGAAAUUUCUUUACUUAAAGAACUAAAACAUUCAAAUAUCGUCUGUUUGGAAGAUGUAUUAAUGGAGGAAAACCGCAUUUAUUUGAUAUUUGAAUUUUUAUCAAUGGAUCUUAAGAAAUAUAUGGACUCGUUACCGCCAGAGAAACUUAUGGACAGCAAACUUGUGCGAAGCUAUUUGUUUCAAAUAACAAGCGCUAUUUUAUUCUGCCAUCGUCGAAGAGUAUUGCAUCGGGAUUUGAAACCUCAAAAUUUACUGAUUGACAAAAAUGGUAUAAUUAAAGUAGCCGACUUUGGGCUGGGAAGAUCUUUUGGCAUUCCAGUACGCAUAUACACUCAUGAAAUUGUUACUCUGUGGUACAGAGCACCUGAGGUAUUACUGGGCUCUCCCCGAUAUUCAUGUCCCGUCGACAUAUGGUCAAUUGGAUGCAUUUUUGCCGAAAUGGCAACGCGAAAACCGCUUUUCCAAGGUGACUCUGAAAUCGAUCAAUUAUUUAGAAUGUUUAGAAUUCUCAAAACUCCAACUGAAGACAUUUGGCCAGGCGUUACUUCGCUUCCCGAUUAUAAAAAUACUUUUCCUUGCUGGUCAACAAAUCAAUUAACAAACCAGCUUAAAAAUCUUGAUGCCAAUGGUGUAAACCUCAUUCAAAGUAUGCUAAUUUAUGAUCCAGUACAUCGUAUAUCAGCCAAAGAUAUAUUGGAGCAUCCAUAUUUUAAUGGGUUUGAAGCAGAUUUAAUAUCUAGCUAACUUUCGGAAUAUGGAUUCAAAUUAAAACUUAUAUCAACCUGAAAUUUGUUCGAAUUUAAAUUAAAAUGCUUUGUAAAGUAGUUUUCUUUUCGGAGGUUAUAACUCAGGGCUCGCCAGAGUAUCUAAGCAACCUUUUUUUUUAGAUAAGGGGACCUACGAAAAAUGAAUGCGUGUUUGAUGACGUUCAGGCGUUGAAAAAGAGAAUAGGUAACUGUGAGACUGCCCGCCCGGGAAUGAGGUGAGGUCGUUCGGUUGGCACCAGAACGUGUUAUGUAUUGAUAUUCCUAAAAUUACCUAACGCAUUAUUUGUAUUAUUAUAAUCUGGCAACUCUAUAUAAUAAAUGGUCAGUCUAUAUCUAGCCCUCAA